UUGAAUGUAAUGGCAGCAGAAUUUAUAAAGAGUUGCUGUAGAGGAUGUUUCCAUGGUGAAACAGAAAAGCACAAGUUUUCUGUGGAAAGAGACAGUAAAGCAGCAGUCUCAAAUAGUCAGACUACCACUAUCUGUAUACCUCCGUUGACUUCUGUUUCUGUAAAGCCUCAGGUUGGCUGUACUGAGGAUUAUUUGCUUUCCAAAAUACCCUCUCAUGGCAAAGAAGUACCAUUUGUGGUGCCUAAGUUCAAGUUAUCUUAUAUUCAGCCCAGGGCACAAGGAACUCCUUCUCAUCUGGAAGAACUUGAAGGAUCUGCCAGAGCAUCUUUUGGAGAUCGAAAGGUGGAACUUUCCAGUUCGGCCCAGCAUGGGCCCAGCUAUGAUGUGUACAACCCUUUCUAUAUGUAUCAGCACUUUUCACCUGAUUUGAGUCGGCGUUUUCCUCCUCAUUCAGAAGCAACAAGACUGUAUGGAUCAGGUCUGAAAAGUCUUUUGUGCUUUUCUUCUGUGUUAUCCGAAUCCUUACAGUUUGAUAUGUAAUUUCUAACUAAAAGAUUUUAUUUGUAGAGACAUGAUUCGUUGUCUAGUGUACCCAGUAGUACAUCUUCAAGAAAAAAUUCUCAGGGGAGUAACAGAAGCCUGGAUACGAUUACUCUCUCAGGAGAUGAAAGAGAUUUUGGCAGAUUGAAUGUGAAAUUGUUUUAUAAUUCUUCAGUGGAGCARAUCUGGAUCACAGUUUUACAGUGCAGAGAUUUAAGUUGGCCUUCUAGUUAUGGCGAUACUCCCACUAUUUCUGUAAAGGGAAUACUAGCGUUGCCCAAACCAGUGCAUUUCAAGUCAUCAGCAAAGGAAGCUUCUAAUGUUAUUGAAUUUUUGGAAACUUUUGUAUUUGCUAUUAAACUACAAAAUCUACAAACUGUAAGACUUGUAUUCAAGAUUCAAACCCAAACUCCCAGGAAGAAAACCAUUGGAGAAUGUUCUGUGUCGCUUAGAACUCUCAGCACACAGGAAAUGGAUUAUUCUUUGGAUAUAAUACCACCUUCAAAAUUUUCUGUUUGCCAUGCAGAACUUGAAUUGGGGACUUGUUUUCAAGCAGUAAAUAGCAGAAUUCAGCUUCAAAUUCUUGAGGCACAGUAUCUUCCAAGCUCAUCAACACCUCUGACUUUAAGUUUUUUUGUGAAGGUGGGAAUGUUUAGCUCAGGAGAGUUGAUUUAUAAGAAGAAAACACGCUUACUGAAGGCCUCCAAUGGAAGAGUAAAGUGGGGAGAGACUAUGAUUUUUCCACUUAUACAGAAUGAAAAAGAAAUUGUUUUUCUCAUUAAGCUUUAUAGUCGAAGCUCUGUAAGAAGAAAACAUUUUGUGGGCCAGAUUUGGAUAAGUGAAGACAGUAAUAGCACUGAAGCAGUGAACCAAUGGAAAGAAACAAUUGCAAAUCCAGAAAAGGUUGUUACCAAGUGGCACAAGUUAAGUCCAUCCUGAAGACUUCACACAUUAAUUUGGUGAAGAAACAACUUGACAUUCUUUUAGAAGACUUAGAAUUUUAAUUUGCUAAAAAUUAUAAUAAAUUUUAUCAAAUAUCCAAAGUGAAGGAAAUGCUUUAAAACAGUGCCAGAAGAGACAAAAUAAAAGCGUAGUAUUAUUAUGGCAGUUAAAUGACUUAUAAAGUCUAUGAGAAUAYAAGCCAUACAUAGGAAUUUAUGUAUUAUGUUUUUUGCUUUUGUUUUUUAAGUUUUACCUAGAUAUUUAAAACCUGCUAUAACAAGCCCUGUUAGUACUACUAGACAUUUAGAUGACUAUACCUUUGUUCCAGUGCUAGGCAUUGUURAUUACAUUUUUGUUCCACUGUUUACCUCUUCCUGUAUAUUUUCUCUCAGCAAAAAUGAAUUGAACCAUUUCAGUUGUUUUCUAUAUUUGGGGGAAGAUAGUGCCCUGUGUUUAUAAUUUAUUACCUAUAAGGCAUUACAUUGCUAUUUUGUAAACUACUUACUUCCAAGAAACUUCAGAAAUAGAAAGUACAUUUAGACGAGCAUAAACAAAAACACCAAAAGAUUGAAGUUUAAUUUGUGACCCAGAAUUAUACAUAUUUUGCUGUUUCUCUCCAUUAGAUACUUUCGUCUUUUUUUUUUUUUUUUGGAGUUAAAAUAAGAUUAUCAUCCAUAUGGUCCAUCCUAACU